AUGGCCGACAGUCCGCUGCUAUCCUUCAGUAGCUAUGGAUCCUUCAGUAACUAUGGAUCUCGCCCAGCGAGUCGUGCGCAUAGUCACGCAUCCGAUGCAACUGAGCGACCGGAUACCGCCAAUUCCACGAGAAACCUGACCAGAGAAGUCGACCACAUCAAGCAUUUGAUCAAACGAUCCCAGAAUGUCUCUACCCAACCGCAGAGCAUUACUGCUCAAAUAUUUCGCCAGCGAAGUAAUUCCACGCCCAUUACCUUGGAUCAUAUAUGCCACGAACUGGACCAGCUCAAGAAGAGGAUCAAGGAGGAGCAACAGCCCUCUCCUCUCCCUCGGGCCCUCCGAGCCUCUGAGGUCGACCCAGACGCGUCUGAGUCGGAAGCUGAGGUUGAUGAUGUUCCUGACGGACGGGAAGAAGAGUUGGAACGUGCUCGCGAUGAGAUCAAUGUCGUGAAGCACAAUGCAGAAUCACUGUUAGAGAUUGCGGAAUCGAGGGUGGAUAGACUCACUGGCGAGAAAGAGAAGCUGGAGGGCUCACUAACAGACUACAAGACCCGGCUGAGUUCGCAGCAGGGGUCUCUGCAGGACAGUCAAGCGCAGUUAAAGAAGCUUCGCGGGGACAACGACAACGUCACUCGUUCUCAUAACGAUGCUCAACAGCAGAUCUUGAAGCUCCAGGACCUCAGAACACAGGCAGACACGUCGCUAAAGCUCAGCAGUGCUCGUGUGUCUCAACUGGAAGAAGAGAACAGGAAGGUAGCUGAACAGAUAAAGCGACUAGGGACACAGCAUGAAACACGGCAGAAGGAACUCAACAACGAGAUCCAAACGUUAAAUGGUAGGAACAAUGAUAUCUCCGCAGAGGCUGAGGAACUUCGCACAGGCCGCCGCGUGUUGCAAGAGAAGCUGGAAAAGGCAGAAGCUCAGUCCGCACGAUCUCAGAGGGAACACGACGCACAGUGCACUACGCUUGCCGGUCAGAUCGACGAACACAAACAGCUUCUUCAAGAGACCAGGGAAGUAGCCGAUGCGCGCGCAAAAGAAAUUGGGUCGCUGCAAAACGACCGGGACAAGGGGCAGGCACAUUCCAAAGAGCUCGAAAGACAGGUCGAGGAGUACAAAGCAAAGCUGAAAGCUGCGGUCGAAGAGCAGGAACGACUUGCGGAAACACACCGGCAGAACAUCGAAGCCUCCACGCGCGAGUAUGAACAAGCUCGUCUGGAAGCACAGGCUGACCACGAGGCCAAGCUCAAAGCGGUCCAGCAGAUGCUCGAUGGGACGAGAUCUUCCCACAUGAGGGAACUGGAGAAUGCCAAGAUUUCUAAGGCCAAGGAAGUUGAUGCCAUGAAAGCACAAUGGCGUACUUCCCUCGAAAAGCUGAAGGCAUCUCAUCAGAGCGAGUUAGAAGCGUCCAAGAUUAGCUUUGCCAACGAGUUGCAGAAACUCAAGACUGCCCACGAAGCACAAUUGAAUGAUGCCAUGGUCACGAACAACGAGGACUCCGAGGCACUCAAGGCACAACUCGCAGAGGUCACAGCUCAAGUUAACGCGUCCCAGGAAAGUCACACAGCAGAGCUGGAAGCACUACGAUCCGAGAGUGAAAGACGAAUGAAGGAUGCGGCCGAUGAGUUGAAUAGUGUCAAGCAGGAAGCACAGACUGAGAAAUCACAAGCCGACAAGAAUCUUGCCGAGCUGAAGGAGUUGCUGAGAGAUCAGACCGAGAACGCGGAGGCAUCACUGGCCAAGAUUGCUGAAAGCGAAAAGUCCCAUCGAGUGCGACUGACGGAGCUCGACGCAGAUCUGGCACAGACGAAAGCACAUCUAGACACAACUCGGGAUGAUGCCGAACAAUUACGGUCCAGUACCGAGGCGCUCCAAUCGCAAAUCACAUCAAAGGAGAAAGUCCUGAAAGUCCUGAGAUCAGACAGGGAUAAUCUACGACAGCAAAAGGACGAGGAGAUCAACGCUCUACAACACAAGACGACGACCAUGUCCAGCGAGCUAGCUUCGACGAAGGAUAGCCUAGAAGCUGCGCGCAAAGCCCACACAUCAGCACUCAAACAAGUCAAGCAGGACCAUGCCGCCGAAAUGGAAAAGUUGAAAUCAGCGCAGGUCGCUGAGGUCGAGCGAAUACGCCUCGAGUAUAAAGAAGCAUCAGAAAGCUCUGGAAAAAAGCAUGUUCAGGAGAUAGCAGAGCUUACCAAGACUCACCAAGAGGCGCUUGAGCAGGCUGGAUUGGGCAACGAUCGAGCUUUGCAGCAACUGCAAGACCAGCAUGCCCAUGACACCGUGCGCUUCAAGGACGAGCUGGCCAAGACCGUCUCAGAUAUGAAGCAAAGUCAUGAGAGCGCCUUAGCGACUGUUAAGAGCGAAGACAAUCUGCGUGAACAGAAAGUUCAAGAAGAAUUGGCGAAGAGCAAGGCAGACCUUGCGACUCAAGUGGAGUUGACCAAAAAGGCCGCAGAGUCGUCGGAAGCUGAGCUUGCACAGGUCCAGGGAACCUAUGAUAUGGCGAUGAACAAUUUACGCGUGGAGCACCUUAAAGAGACUGAAAGUUUGCAGACGCAGCACGAUGCGGCACAUGCACGGCUGCAAUCCCAACAUGAGCUUGACCUUGGACAAACCCGCAAGGACCUCCAGACGAAGAUAGAAGAAGCCGCUGCUGCUGCAUCAAAGGCGCGCGACACAUCUGCAUUGAGAGAUCAACAUUCCUUGGCUCUGCAGCAAUUGACAUCAACCCACGAGGCUGAGCGCGAGAAUCUGGAAGCUCAGCACCGCGCUGCAAUUGCAGGAAGCCGUAAACAGAUCGAGGAAGCGAUCUUGCAAGUCGACGAUCUAAAAGCACAACACGCGAAACAGCUUGAAGAUCAUGCGUCUGCUCAUGCCAAGGAACUCGGUGCCGUCCGUUCUCUGCUGGAUCAACAAGGCUCGGAGCACUAUACUAGAGCUGCACAUGCUGAAGGACGACUUGCAUCUCUUCGCGCGGACCAUGCGGCUGAGCUAUCGCGCCAAAGUCAGGAGCACGAGAAGAUGUUGGCAGAAUUACGUGAUGCCAACAGCAAAGCUGCGUCGGAGCAGCAGGCUGCGUUGAUAAGCUCUGAGGAGGAGCAGAGCAAAGCUAUGGUAACGGCGACCGAAGCACAUAGAGCUGAGCUUGAGAGCCACCAGAAAGAUCGAGAUGCCACAAUUUCUGAUCUGAAGGCCGACCAUGAGCGGGCGGUGAGCGAGCUGCAAAAGUCUCACGACGCCGUUCGUCAACAGAUGACGCUCAACCAUGGAACUGAGCUGCAGCAGAUGCGCUCGUCUGCGGCGAGCGAACUCGAGCGGGUCCGUCGGGAGCAUUCUGACGCACUAGAAGGUCAUCAAAUAGUUGACGAAGCGAAAGACGCGGACAUUGCUGCCAUGAAACAAGAUCACGAGUGGGCUCUGGAGGCCCUGAAGCAGCAAUUGGAAGGUGACUUGCGAAGUUCAAAGGCUCUCCAUCAGACGCAUACUACCGAAUUACGAUCGGCUCUCGAUGCUCAGCUUGAAGAGAUGCGAGCAAGCCACGCGCAAGCUUUCGCGGCUCAGGAGAGCGCGUGGACGAUUAAGCUGACGGCCUUGAAAGAAGAGCAUGGCAAGUCGCUGAAUAGCCUGGUUUUAGCGAGCGAGGAUUCGACAGCUACGAAACUACAACAGCUCCAGACUAAGCACGAGGAAGCGAUCCUUGGAGCAAGCGUAGAGGCCAAAGAAAGGGCUAGACUUGCUGAACAGCAGCACAGAGCCGCGCUUGAAUCUGCAGUCGACAGAGCUCGGCAUAGUGGGCAAGCAGAGGUGAAGAACCUGAAGAAACGGCAUCAAGAUGCAGUCGCACAAAUUCGAAAGACGGCUCAACAGCAAUCGGCUGCUCAACUGACGGUGCUCGAGCAGAGUCAUCAAAGAGAGCACCAGGAAGCUCUCUUGCAAGCGCGUAUGGAGGCUGAGCGCGACUUGCAAACAACACUUGAGAACCACCAGGGUGAGCUUCUACGACUCAACACCGAGCAUCAGACUACAUUACAUGCACUACAGGCAAGUCUUGAUACGAAACGGGUUUCGGAGAUGAAGACAAAGGAAGACUCGCACAGGCAUGAGGUAGAAGCACUUCAAGCGCGGCUCGACGCUACCUUGACCGGACAAGCAGAGGCCGAGCGCUCGGUCGCUAGACUACGACAACAAGUCUCACAGGCCGAACAGCGUGUUGCAGAAGCUAAGAUGUUGUCGGAGGAUGACCUUACUGCGUUACAGCAAGAGAAGACUGAUCUCACCGCACAACUCCGUCAAGUGCAAGAUUCGCUCCGCGAGUUACAAAGCAAGUUUUCCAAUGGCACGACUACGCCAAAGUCGAGGCAUACCAACGAAGAGCUUGCUACUAUCAGGUUGCAGCUCGCUGCUCUGGAAGAGGAUCGUGCCAUGUUGCGGCUUACGUUGCAGAAGCGCCUGGACGAGAAGGAUGAUCUCAUCAGACAAAAUGACUUUCUUGUUCAAGAACUCGAGACGCUGCAUGCGCAACGCUUGAGACCCCAGAACACAGCUAGAAACAUGCGGGAUGUACAGAUACAGACCGAGGACUUUGCCUCGGAAGAACCGAAGGUGGAUUUAGCCACCUUCCAGAACAUCAGAGCCGGCCGUCGUAAGAGUGCUCGGCCAGUCACUCCGAUGAGUCCAGGUCAAAGGCAAGCCCGGGAUGAGAUCGACAUGGCAUGGAAGACACGCUCUUUCGAAGACUAUCUGCACAACGCGAAGACGGAGCUGUCAGAGCUGGGUAGUGUGAUCACUGCAAACGAGACACUUUUUGCUCAGAAGAUCCAAGAACAUGUGGGUGAGCUGCAGCGAGUCAAAGACGAGCUGGCGGCAGACUACAAGUCUAAGCUUGAUGACCUCGCCACGGACAAACAGCGAAUGGAGCAAAUGGUGACUUCCAAGCAAACAGCUGCUUUUGCCAAAGAUCGUCAACAGCUCGUGGUAAGGUAUGGCGCAGAUCGCGAUGACACGAGCGAUUAUGUGGCUCUGCGCACUGCAGAGGAGAGGCUGGUGCAGGACUACAACAAACGGAUCGCUAAGCGGAAGUCACAGAUUGCGCUGAGGCAUGCUGAAGAAUACCACGCGCUGACCGAGGAGUACGACAAGAAGGUCGCCCAGCUUCUGGACAAUCAGAGUACCCUCGAAGGUGAUCUUUCGGUCGACCCCUGGAAGUUUGAGCGGGAUCUCGGAGAUUUGCGUAAGGAGGGUGUAAAAUUGGAGGCAGACAAAGGGAGGAGCACUUCAGAAAGUCCAGUGGCUGUCCGGUCGCAAAGAGGUCGAGCAGCCAAAAGAUUCGCCUCGCCACAGAACGGUACGUCGCAUGAUCCGACGGAGCAGGACGCAUCAGAUCGCCCAAAGACUGCCCGCGACUCUCGACGACGACCUAACCUGGAGCGCUGGACAAGCCAUCCCCGAAACUCAACUUCCAUACCACGAUCAUCCUCCGUCCCUCGAGGAUCCUAUCAAGGACGUCGAGAAUCUCCCGAACCCCCAGCCGUACCCAAAGUCCUCUUCCCUGGCGGCAGAGACAGCCCUCACUCUACAUCUCAACCCUACCAAGGACGUUCAGGUCCUCCAGGAACGUCAAAAUACCCACCCGUCGCCGAAAGAUCCCUUCUCCGAUCCAAGACGCCUACCGAUGUCCAAGAGCGACGCCUUGUCUUCACUGAGCCCACGCCAUCACCUAUCAAGACGCCGACUAAACGCGGUCCUGAAAAAGCAGCGCAGACGCUGGGGAUUACGCCAACGGAGGUGGAACGUCAGGCUAUGCGGCAGGAGUGCGGACCGAAUUCGAUGGAGAGUCCAACGAGGCCGGGCUUCUUGAGGAGGGUUAGGGAUCGUAUGUCGAUCGAUGGCCAUAGGCCGCGUUUCCAUCGUCCCGGGUCGAGGAGCGGGCUGGCGACGACGCCAGAACCUGAUGUGGUAAAGAAGGAGGUUCCGCCGGCUGCGCCGACAGGUCCGAGUUCGAGUUAUAUCAGGAGUCGACGGAGCAGGUCUACGAAGCUGUCUAGUGGGAUGAUCUACUAUCAGCCGCCGAAUAAACAAGGUGGGAGUUCCUAG